AUAAUUUCCAAAGCGACAGUGGUGUGGUUGAAACCAAACAUGUUGUGCCUUCUUAUCCAUAAACCAAUUCUAAUCUUUCUCAAAUUCUUCAAUUGAACACAACACAACACAAACACUAACUAUGGCACUUCUCUGUUUCAAUUCCUUCACACUCACCCCUUCUUCUUCCUCCUCCAUUUUUCCACUUCCUUCAACAAUACCUAUUUCAAGAGUGCAAGUUGGUUUGCACACAAACUGUUUGAAAGGAGUUCAAAUCUCGACACCCUUUGUUGUGAAAAAGAGGAAAAAUGCAAUUUUUAUUGCAUCUGCUACUGCUGAUUCUAAUGUUGUAGAUGGAGCAGAAGAAAGUGAAAGCAAGAAAGAGGGUGAUGUUGUUUCUGUAGAUAAGCUUCCUUUAGAAUCAAAAUUGAAGGAGAGGGAGGAACAAAGGUUGAAGAUGAAGCUUGCUAAGAAGAUAAGGUUGAAGAGAAAAAGGCUUCUUAGAAAGAGGAGGUUGAGGAAGAAGGGUAGUUGGCCACCUUCUAAGAUGAGGAAAUUGAAGAAUGUUUGAUAUAUGUUUGCAGGUUUUUUAAUCACUUAUUGUCAACAAUUUAGUUUUAAUUAUAAUGUUAUGUUGUUUUUUCACCCAUCCACAAUGUGUCAUGUAUUACAAUUUGUUAAUUUUCAAUCAAGAAUUUUAAUUUAUGUAUUGUA